GGCAAGGGGGCAACGAGGAAGCUCUUUAGAGCAUAGCCGGAAAGAAGUUGAGAUUACAGACAUCCUGCCAAAAUGAUUUCUUCAAAGCCCAGACUUGUCGUACCUUAUGGCCUCAAGACUCUGCUUGAAGGAGUCAGCAGGGCCGUUCUCAAAACCAACCCGCCAAACAUCACCCAGUUCGCAGCAGUUUAUUUUAAAGAACUUAUUGUGUUUAGAGAAGGGAAUACUUCUCUGGAUAUAAAAGAUCUUGUUAAACAAUUUCAUCAGAUUAAAGUAGAGAGGUGGUCAGAAGGAACGACACAAGAGAAGAAAGCAGAAUGUAUGAAAAAACAGGUAGGAACGUCUACAGUUUCCCAAGAACCUACACGGAUGGAGAAAUCUACGGACACAGAUGAGGACAAUAUUGCUGGGCCACUGUUUAUGAACAAAACCACUCAGUUCCCGUCAGUUCACUCGGAGGUGCUCCAGGAACCUGAGGAGACACCCGAAGCAGCUCGUGGUUCCAGUUCGAAACCGUCUACCCCUAAGGGGAUGACCCCACCCUCAUCACCACCUCCAGCAGCCGUGUCACCCGAGUUUGCUUAUGUCCCAGCGGACCCAGCUCAGUUUGCUGCUCAGAUGUUAGGUAAAGUUGCAUCUGUUCAUUCUGAUCAGUCUGACGUGUUAAUGGUGGAUGUGGCCACGAGUAUGCCUGUGUUUUCCGACGAGGUGCUGAGCUCAGAGGCUGCUGAAGAUGCCCGGGCGGCCACUCCUGCGUAUUCUGCAGAGGGGGCAGCCCUGCAGGUUCUGAGCCAAACGGCUGUCCGUGUAGAGUUGGGUUCUAAACUUAAAGACGAUGAGGCUGAACCAGCAGCGGCUUCCUCCUUCCCCUUGCAGGAUGAACAAGACCCUCCUGCUUACGAUCAAGCUCCCGAGGUCCCUUUGCAGGCUGAUAUUGAGGUCACCUCAUUCGUUCACAUAUCAUCUAUCUAUAACCAAGAGCCUGUGACUGAAGGAGUUACUUAUGUCGAGCAAAUACCAGAACACAUAGUUAUCCCUUUCACUGAUCACGUUGCUUCUCUUAAAGCAAACGAGUCACCACUUAGUCCCAUUCCUGUAGCACUCGCCACAGGUGUGUCCGAGAAACCUGUAGGCUCGGUAAAACCGCUGGAGGAGGAUGCGAAUUGUUCCUCGGUCCGUGUGGAGGCAGGAGCAGCCGUUCUGCCCCCUGACACCUCUUUGAAAGGCCAGCCUGCCCAGUUCCCAGAUGCAGAGGGCCCCACCAAAGCAGUAGGCUCUGAAAAACUUCUGCACGUUGAAAUGGAGUUCACUGCCCUAGUCCCUGGCAACCCUGGGCAGGGGUCCCCGGGAAGCUCUGCAGCCCAGGAGAUGGAGGUCAAACUCGUGCUCUCUGGGGAAGCUACCACUGCAGUGCUCUCGGCUGCGCCGGGAAGGGCAGCUGGUGGUACCCCCCCUCCUGUUCCAGAACCCGUACCCGAGCCACGAGGGGAAGGAGCACUUGAACAAGGUUUGAUGGAGCCAGAUGCUGGAAACGAUGCCGUUUGAGCCAACGUUCAAGGUGGAGUCUGCCACCGAGCGUACUUUGUCAAUAAACUUCAUGCAAGCAUAAAA